AUGGAGCAGAUCGAACUGGCCAUCACCAAAUUAUCGACAAUCGGUGCUGUUAAGCAAUUCGAAAAAGGCACUCUCUGGAGCCAAUGUCGUCCCUACCUCAUUGCCAUCCCAUGCAUCAUUGGCCUCGCCACUGUAUUUAUGGGCUUCAUUGCGUGGAAGCUGUACCAAGCUUUUGCAUGGGACAUCCUCAAGCAGAUUGGUGCCGACCUUCGGAUGAAGAAGCGCUUCCUCCACUACCAGAUCUAUAUCGCUCUUCUGAAAUUUGACUUUUUCUUUUUCCUCGGAUUCACUGUGCAAUUUCUCGUCAUCGUCACCGGUAAGACCGACAUCGAGUUCGGCCUGACUGCUGCGGCCAUUCCCCUCACCAUUGUCAUCCUGCUCCUAGGCGCCUACUUCACGCGCAACGAGAUUAAGGUCGGCAUGAUUAUAAGCAUUGGUCUGUAUGUGUGCAGCUUGGCUUGGUUUUUCUUCAAGCUCGUGCGCAUCUACGAACCCGGCUACAGGAACCACUACGAGGCUGUGCAGAAGUCUCUGACUGCUUUCGCUGUCCUUGCCAUUAUUCUGAUUAUUUUGACGAUCACCAACGCCUUCAUUUGCAUGCACAACUUCGGCAGUGGGCUCAAGAGCCAUAUUCUCCGCAGUGAUGCACCCGACGAAAAGGUUCAGUAUGUCAACGACACCAUUGGUCUUAACGACAUCAAGCCUACGGCAUUACCUACCCGUAUGACGAUCGAUUAG